GCCGCUUUGCCUCCCCUCUCUGCCUGCAGGGAUGGAGGACCCCGGCGUCCAGAGGGGGAUAUGGGAUGGAGACGCCAAGACCGUCCAGCAGUGCUUGACUGACAUUUUCACCAGCGUUUACACCACCUGCGACAUUCCGGAAAAUGCCAUUUUUGGCCCCUGCGUGCUGAGCCACACGUCUCUGUACGACAGCAUCGCCUUCAUCGCCCUCAAGUCCACCGACAAGCGCACCGUGCCCUACAUAUUCCGGGUGGACACGUCGGCGGCGAACGGCUCCUCGGAGGGGCUCAUGUGGCUGCGGCUCGUGCAGUCGGCGCGCGAGCGGGAGGAGCAGAACCUGGAGGCCUACAUCAAGAGCGGGCAGCUCUUCUACCGCUCGCUGCGGCGCAUCGCCAAGGACGAGGAGCUGCUCGUGUGGAACGAUAUAAAGUUAAAAGCACGGAGGAUGCGGCGCGAGCGGCGGCCCCCGCCGCGGGAGGGCCUGCGCCGGCAGCGGCCGUCCGCACCCAGAUCCUCUCAGACCCGCGUGUAA